CUCGACUGCAGGUCUCCUCCACGCGAAAUCUACCGCCGCCCGCCACUGACUGGAAGGCAGUCAACAAGCGGCACCUCCACGUCGACUCCCGAAACCCUCUUCAAAGAGUCCGACCAAGACGUCCACGAGCGCCUAACAGAACAUUCCCCAACAAGAGGGCGCACCAGUCCACGUCCGCGCGCGACCAAUCGACGUGCUCCCUCUUCUUCGGAUUCUUCUCCUCCACCCACGAGCGCCAUGUCUUCCUCCUCUGGCACGCCCGAAUCCUGGAUCUCGUCUUUCUGCUCAUUAUUGGGCCAUGAGUACUUUGCGGAAAUAUCGGAGGAUUUCAUUGAGGACGAUUUUAACUUGACAGGGCUGCAGACACAAGUAGCAAUGUACAAGGAGGCGUUGGAGAUGAUUUUAGAUGUCGAGCCUGAAGAAGACGAGGAGGAAGACGAAGAUGAGGAGGAGGACGAGGGUGACGAGUCGAUUGAAGCCGAAGAGCGAUCAAAUCGCAGAGCCGCUGCGGAACGCAGACACCACCGCAUGGCCUCCGAUCUCUCUAUUAUCGAAUCCUCUGCCGAGAUGCUUUACGGUCUAAUCCACCAACGAUUCAUAUGCUCCCGCGCCGGCAUUCAGCAAAUGUCAGAAAAGUAUGAGCUCACGCACUUCGGAGUAUGCCCACGAACAAAUUGCGAGGGAACCCGAACACUACCGGUAGGAUUGUCCGACGUUCCAGGCGAAGACACCGUCAAGCUGUUCUGCCCUUCCUGCUUGGAUGUCUACGUCCCACCGAAUUCUCGCUUUCAGACUGUUGAUGGUGCCUUUUUCGGUCGAACAUUUGGUGCACUCUUCCUCCUCACCUUCCCCGAAUAUGAUCUCACCAAGAAAGGAGCAGAAGCUCUUGGUGCUAACCACAAUCCUCGCGCGGUACCCUCACAUCCCGCUGAUGGAGACGAGAAGGAUAAGAUCAACGGCAUGAACGCGUCCAACCUCGCGCCCGGUCUUGGCAAAGGCAAGAUGUAUGAACCUAAGAUCUACGGCUUCAAGGUCUCAGAGCGUGCGAGAAGUGGUCCGCGAAUGGCUUGGUUGAGGGAUCGACCUUCCGACAUCAGAGAGUUGGAUGAGGCUUCCAUGUACCACACCGAACACCCUGACGAAACCGACGAUGACAUGAGCAUCAAUGGCGUCCCCACUCAGCCUCGACAACCUACGAAGAGAUCUCGUCGUCCCAAUGGCGGUAGUCCGAUGUCUAUCGAGCCCAACGGCGAUGCUUUCACCUGAUGAUGACGAUCCUCACUUGCUUAUGAAUUGACAUUGCGGGCGUUACGAGGGAUGAUGUUUAGAUGGCGGGGCUAAUGGCCUUUUCGAUUUGGGAAGCGACUUGCAUAUGGAUGGAUAGCACGAUUGAGUGGUCACUUUCCUCUUCCCCGCAAUGAUUGGGGUGGAGCGAAAAGGCUUUUAUUGCAGUCUAGUCACGUUGCUACUAUGGUAAUGAUACCAAAUCCCAGCAAUGAAAGAUCAUUGUGAAUAUGUC